GCCCCUUUCCGCUGGGAAGCAGCUGCAGCAGCAGGAGCAGAGCAGGAGCAGCGCCGCCGCCGCCGCCGCCGGGGGAUGUGGCCGGCGCCUGCCCCGAGCCGCGCCGCCUCCUGAGUACUCGCCGCCGCCGUCGUCGUCGCCAAGUCGUGCGGGGCCAGGCCGCGCCCUCCCCGGGCGCCCGCCGGCUCGCAUGCCGAGGGGCUCCGGGGCGUAGCUGCGCGCCCGGCGCCGCCUCCGGGCUCCCCCCGGCCCCGCCAUGGGCUGCUGCAGCUCCGCCUCCGCCGCGCAGAGCUCCAAACGAGAAUGGAAGCCACUGGAGGACCGUAGCUGCACAGACAUACCAUGGCUGCUGCUAUUUAUCCUCUUCUGCAUUGGGAUGGGAUUUAUUUGUGGCUUUUCAGUAGCAACAGGUGCAGCAGCGAGACUAGUGUCAGGAUACGACAGCUAUGGAAAUAUCUGUGGGCAGAGAAAUGCAAAGUUGGAAGCAAUAUCAAACAGUGGCAUGGACCACACCCACCGGAAGUAUGUGUUCUUUUUGGAUCCAUGCAAUCUGGACUUGAUAAACCGGAAGAUCAAGUCUAUAGCGCUGUGUGUAGCAGCAUGUCCAACACAAGAAUUGAAAACCUUGAGUGAAGUCCAGAAGUUUGCAGAGACGAAUGGCUCAGCGCUAUGCAGCUACAACCUGAAGCCUUCUGAAUAUACUACAUCUUCAAAAUCUUCUGUUCUUUGCCCCAAACUACCAGUUCCAGCCAGUGCACCUAUUCCAUUCUUCCAUCGCUGUGCUCCUGUGAACAUUUCCUGCUAUGCCAAGUUUGCAGAGGCCCUGAUCACCUUUGUCAGUGACAAUAGUGUCUUACACAGGCUGAUUAGUGGAGUAAUGACCAGCAAAGAGAUUAUAUUGGGACUUUGCUUGUUAUCACUAGUUCUAUCCAUGAUUCUGAUGGUGGUAAUCAGGUAUAUAUCAAGAGUACUUGUCUGGAUCUUAACAAUUCUGGUCAUACUGGGUUCACUUGGUGGCACAGGUGUACUGUGGUGGCUCUAUGCAAAACAAAGAAUGUCUCCCAAAGAAACAGUUAUUCCUGAACAGCUUCAGAUUGCUGAAGACAAUCUCCGAGCCCUCCUCAUCUAUGCUAUUUCAGCCACAGUGUUCACUGUUAUCUUGUUCCUGAUAAUGCUGGUUAUGCGUAAACGAGUGGCCCUCACCAUUGCCUUGUUCCAUGUGGCUGGCAAGGUCUUCAUUCACUUGCCACUGCUAGUCUUCCAACCAUUUUGGACUUUCUUUGCUCUUGUCUUGUUUUGGGCAUACUGGAUCAUGACACUUCUUUUUCUUGGCACUACUGGCAGUGCUGUUCAGAAUGAGCAAGGCUUUGUGGAGUUCAAGAUUUCUGGGCCCCUGCAGUACAUGUGGUGGUAUCAUGUAGUCGGCCUGAUCUGGAUCAGCGAAUUCAUUCUAGCGUGCCAACAAAUGACUGUGGCUGGGGCGGUGGUGACAUAUUACUUCACCAGGGAUAAAAGGAAUUUGCCAUUUACACCUAUCUUGGCAUCAGUGAAUCGCCUUAUUCGUUAUCACCUUGGUACUGUGGCAAAAGGAUCUUUCAUUAUCACAUUAGUCAAAAUUCCACGAAUGAUCCUUAUGUACAUCCACAGUCAGCUCAAAGGAAAGGAAAAUGCUUGUGCACGAUGUGUGUUGAAAUCUUGCAUUUGUUGCCUUUGGUGUCUUGAAAAGUGCCUCAAUUAUUUAAAUCAGGUAAGAUUUUUAUGUGUAACUUUCACUUUCAAAGAUAAGUUUGUUGUUUCUCCUUUUGAGUGCAGUGCCUCACAUUGUAAUUCCAGCUGCUCGGGAGGUGGAGAUUAGGAGGAUUAAGUUUCAAGGUUCUCCCAGGCAAAAAGUUAGUGAGAACUCCAACUCAACGUACCAGGUGUGGUGGUGGUGAGUCAUGGCUGUACUCAUAGUCCAAAACCAGUCCCUGACAAAACUCCAAGACCC